GGUAUGAAGGGGUAUAUACUAAAUCUGCCCGUGCUUACAACCAGCCAACCCUCCAUCUUAAGUCCCACCUCUUCCCUUUGCUUACUGCUGUCCUCCUCCUCCGGCCACCACGCUCAUAUGCACGCACGGCUACAUCUUCAGCCUUUUCAACAGCCGCGAAAAGACUCCGCACCUGCACACGUUCACCCUCCAUGAAUCAACCACCACCUGGCUCUCUUUCUCCCAGUCUUUGAGUCGGCCAUCUCCUUCACGGGCAUAUUUGUGAUGGCAACACGAAUUCAUGACACGACGAAACCCACGAAUUUGACUUCCAUUUCUUUCAUCUCCAUUUGAGACUUCAGCGUGAACAGCUGCAUCACGUUUUCGACGACUAGGCGUGUCUUAUAGCAGCAGUUUUGCCUUCAGGGUAAGCUUUCGACUGUUACCCACACUCCAAUUAGUGGGGUGCCUAUUACGUUUAAGGUCUAAUUCUGCCACUUUGGACACCAACGAGCAAGUUGUAUUGGAAAACACGGGAUAUUACAGCUGGUAUCGGAGCAAUGGUUUAAAGUUGUAGACUCUAGUGACGUAUGGUUAACCAAUUGGUAUAUAAGUUCAUGUUAGAAUAUUAUGUUUGGAGUUGGGAAAAAUCAGAACAAUAUUUGAAAGACUGAAAUUGAGUGAUAGUAACCGGUGUCAUGGAAAAAUGAAAAAUGACAGAUUUAAAUCAGUUACACACCGUGUAUUCUCAUCACUGAUUGACUAUGUUCCCUCCUUUGCUCCAACCCAAACUUCAAACCAAACAUCCACUUCUCUGUCAUCAGCUUUACAGCAUUACAUCAAUUCAGAUGACCCUUCCCAUGGCCUAAAGAUUCAUGCCCAUAUUCUCAAAACUGGCUUCAUACCCAAUACAAAUAUCUCCAUUAAGCUCCUCAUAUUGCACCUGAAAUGUAAGUCAUUGAAGUUUGCACGCCAGGCAUUCGAUGCAUUGCCUCAAAAGACUCUUUCUGCUUACAAUUACAUGAUUGGUGGGUACAUGAAGAUGGGAGAAGUGCCAGAAUCUCUUCCUCUCGUACGUGAGCUCAUUUGUUCAGGUGAAAAGCCUGAUGGGUUUACAUUUUCAAUGCUUUUAAAGGCAUCUACCCUUGCACGUGAGGACUUUGUACCGCGUAGUUUAGGACGAGUGGUUCAUGCUCAGAUAUUGAAGUCAAAUGUCUCACCAGAUGAUGUACUUUACACAGCACUUGUUGACUCAUAUAUUAAGAACGGUGAUGUAUAUAUUGCUAGGAUGGUGUUUGAUUUGAUGUUGAAAAAGAAUGUGAUAUGUUCAACAUCAAUGAUUUCGGGAUAUAUGAAUCGGGGGUUGGUGAAAGAUGCUGAAGAAAUUUUUAGAAAAACUGUUGAAAAGGAUAUAGUUGUAUUCAAUGCAAUGAUUGAAGGUUAUAGUAAAACACAUGAACAUGCCAAGAAAUCACUUGAGUUUUACAUUGACAUGCAACGUUUGUGUUUUUCACCAAAUAUUUCAACAUUUUCCAGUGUGAUUGGUGCUUGUUCAGUGUUGGCAGCAUUUGAAGCAGGCCAACAGAUCCAAUGUCAACUUAUGAAGACUAAAUUCUUCACAGAUAUUAGAAUGGGAAGUGCUCUUAUUGACAUGUACUCCAAGUGUGGAAGAACGGACGACGCUCGUCAAGUGUUUGAUCAAAUGCAAGAAAGAAAUGUCUUCUCAUGGACAUCUAUGAUAGAUGGAUAUGGCAAAAAUGGAUACCCAAGUGAAGCACUUGAGCUCUUUUGCAUUAUGCAAGAGAAACACCAGAUUCAGCCAAACUUUGUUACCUUUCUUAGCGCUCUCUCAGCUUGUGCACAUGGAGGGCUAGUAGAGGAAGGCUGGGAAAUUUUUGAAAGCAUGGAGAGAGACUACUCAUUGAAACCAAAAAUGGAGCAUUAUGCAUGUAUGGUUGAUCUGCUUGGGCGUGCAGGAAGUUUACUUCAGGCAUGGGAAUUUGCUAUGCAAAUGCCUGAGACUCCUAAUUCUGAUGUAUGGGCAGCUCUACUGAGCUCAGCCAAGCUUCAUGGCAACGUUGAAAUAGCCUGCAUGGCUGCCGAUGAACUAUUUAAGCUGAAUGCUGAUAGUCGACCAGGGGCUUAUGUGGCAUUGUCUAAUACUUUUGCAGAAGCUGGGAAAUGGAACAAUGUUAGUGAACUUAGAGAGAUUAUGAAGAUAAAAAGAGUUAAAUGUAAAGGUAGCAGUUGGGUUGGGGCUGGUGAUGGCAGCUUAUGACAUUACUUGUUUGGUCAAACAAGUGCUUAAAAGUCGAUAACUAACUAUGAAUAUUGUAGGAUAUUGCUAUUAUCCCAGAAGAACAUCACCAGCACAACAAGAGUUGACAAUGUCCUUGUCUAGCCA